AGUUUCUGUUAAACUCCCACUCUUCCUUUCCCUUUGCCACCAUCUCAGAUUUCUCAAAUUCUGAGACAGGGAUUUUUCAACAUUCAAAUGGGUGGCAGAGGAAGGUCAAGAACUCAGAGAAAACACUUUGCUCAAAGCAGAGAAAACAACUGGAAAUAUAGCAAAAAUAGUUCUGACCAGCAACAACAAAAUGAUAAUAAUAAUAAUAAUAGAGAAAGCAGUAACACCACUUGGAAACCAUUUACCACCCAAAAUCUUGCCUUUGAAGAAUAUUACAAGGAGCAAGGAAUUGUGCCACCAGAAGAAUGGAACACUUUUAUGGAAUGCCUUCGAAGUGAAUUGCCUGCUGCUUUCAGGAUCAAUGCAAGUAGCCAAUGCUACUUGGAAAUUCAAGCCAAGUUGGAGAAUGAUUUUAUGAAAUCUCUGCAGGAAGAGGGGACAGAUGGGAGUGAGGUUGUCGCAAUAAGACCAUUACCUUGGUAUCCAGAGAAUCUAGCCUGGCAGUCAACUUUUUCUCGAAAGCAGUUGAGGAAAAACGAAAUACUUAAGAGGUUCCACGAGUUCUUGAAGCUACAAAAUGAGAUUGGUAACAUUACAAGACAGGAGGCUGUUAGCAUGGUUCCUCCUCUGUUCCUGGAUGUACGGCCAGAUGAUUUCAUUCUUGACAUGUGUGCAGCUCCUGGUUCGAAAACGUUUCAGUUACUUGAGAUGAUACACCACUCAGCUGAACCUGGAUCAUUACCUGGUGGAAUGGUCUUAGCAAAUGAUGUUGAUGUUCAGAGGUGUAACCUUCUCAUCCAUCAAACGAAGAGAAUGUCCACUGCCAACUUGAUAGUCACGAAUCAUGAAGCACAACACUUCCCGAGCUGUCAUUUGAAUAGAAGUAAUGCAAAAGGUUCUGAGCCAAGAGAAGCGAAGGAACUUGAUAUUGAUCAACUUCUAUUUGAUCGUGUCCUGUGUGACGUUCCAUGCAGUGGUGAUGGCACUUUACGCAAAGCCCCUGAUAUAUGGAGAAGAUGGAAUGCAGGAAUGGGUAAUGGUCUACAUGGGCUACAGGUUCAGAUAGCAAUGCGAGGCAUGUCUUUGCUUAAAGUUGGUGGAAGGAUGGUUUAUUCAACUUGCUCAAUGAAUCCCAUUGAGAAUGAGGCUGUGGUUGCCGAGAUUUUGAGAAGGUGUGGGGGGUCUGUUGAACUCGUUGAUGUCUCCAGUGAACUUCCUCAGCUUGUUAGAAGGCCAGGUCUGAAAAAAUGGAAGGUUCAAGAUAAAGGGAUGUGGUUGACUUCUUUCAAUGAAGUUCUUGAUUCUCGCAGAGCUGCAGUUGUUCCUGGAAUGUUCCCCUCUGGCAAAGGAUAUGUGGAUGCACUUGAGCAUAAUGGUAAUUCUCAAAAUGGUACUGGGAUGGUGCAGGAUCCUGCAACUCCUACUACAAUCUUGGGCGAGGAGGCUUCAAGUCUACCAUUGGAACGUUGUAUGAGGAUAGUGCCACAUGAUCAGAACAGUGGAGCUUUCUUUAUUGCUGUCCUUCACAAGCUUUCUCCUUUACCACUCAUACAAAUGAAGACAACUUCCAGAGGCAAUUUCCAAGCACAAAAUUUUAUCGAGGUCAAAGAUAUAAAUGCUGGUGAAGUUGAGAAAGUGGAUUCUGUAGGUAACCAGCUAUCUGAAGCAACUAUAGAUGAUGCUGAUAUUCUUGAAAAUGGAAAGGAUGAAGCUCCACUGGAUACUGACCCCAGCAAAAUAGUUGAAGAAAAGAGGCCGGAGCUGAUUGAACCUUCCAGUGAUGGAAGAGCUGGUCCUGAGUUGGUGAGAGGGAGAAGAAAGUUACAAAUGCAAGGAUAUUGGAGAGGGAUUGACCCAAUAUUAUUUUACCGGGAGGAGGCAGCUGUGGAUCAGAUAAAGGCCUUCUAUGGCAUCAAGGAAUCCUUUCCAUUCAGAGGUCAUUUGAUUGUGAGGAAUAGUGAUAUCAGCCAUGUGAAGAGAGUUUAUUAUGUAUCUAAAUCUGUGAAAGAAGUUCUUGAACUCAAUUUUCUAGCUGGUGAGCAGCUCAAGAUAGCUGCCGUUGGGCUCAAGAUGUUUGAGCGGCAAAAAGAUGUUUCUGCACAAUGUGUAUUCCGCAUAACAUCUGAAGGAUUGCCACUGCUGCUUCCACAUAUGAGCAAACAGAUAGUGUAUGCAUCUCCUACAGAUUUCAAGCAUCUUUUGCAGUACAAGAGCAUUAAAUUUGGUGAUUUUGUGGAUGCUGAAUUCCGGGAAAAGGCUUCAAAGCUGCAGUUUGGUUGUUGUGCAGUGAUUUUGAAUAAAGACAAUAAGACCUUGUCAGAACCUCGAGUGGAUGCUUCAACUAUCGCUAUAGGAUGCUGGAGAGGCAGGAAUAGCAUCACGGUGAUGGUGAUUGCACUUGAUAUCCAAGAACUUCUAGAAAGGAUGUUGAUGUAUUUGGAGGAGGAUUCAGAUUCCUUAUUGCUGGAAAACAAGCCAUUGAUUGCUGCCGAGGCAGAUGAAAUAGUUAAAGCAGAUUAAGCUGAAUUGAUUAUAUUGAAUAACAUUGAGACAAAUCAUAGUUAGUUAAAAUUUUGGAAGCUGUUAUAUGUGUACCAUUACAGGGAAAUUUGUAACAUGUUGAUGUUUAUUUGUUUGUUUCUUCUGUUUAGGCAAUUCAUACAACUUUAGAUUUCAGAAGAAUAUGGAGGGAAGUGUCCUCUUUGUAAUCUUACUUUUAUGUGUUGUAAUCAAAAUGUCGAAGCACCAAAUUAUCAACUG